AUGGAUCUUGAGAUAGUUGUGGAUGUUUUUUACAAAUUAGAAAACAAUGAUACCGAUGAAGAUUUUGCAAGUUCAUUAGCACUUGAGAUCAUAAAGGUCUGUGAAAAAGAAGAUGGUUAUUCGUAUAUUUACUAUAAAAAGUACUAUAAUAAACAAAUAAAAACUAUUUCUUUUACCUACUGGUACAAUUGUCAUUAUGAGCUUGAAAAGAGGAUGAAAAAGAAUAAAGAUGAAAGUAAACAGUGUAAUAGAGAGCCACGAAUUGCACAUUAUGACUGCAAAGGAACCAUCGUUAUUAAAGUUGACUUACAGAAUACUUUGGCAUUCAUAAAGCUCAAUCAUACUCUACAUCCACGACCACAACAUUUUAAUGUAAAUAAUGAAAUUAAAGAAUACAUUCAAGCCAAUAUGAAUCAUUCAGCGUCUGAAUUAUAUCAGCAAAUUGUGACUAAAAAAAUGGAAGAUUACGAAUUACUCACGACCAAUCAAAUAUAUUACUGGUAG